AUGGUCGUAGCCACUAUCAAAGACGACAGUCCCGCUGUCAAGCCCAAACGCGGGUCUUUCAUCGCUCUCGGCGGCCUCCUUCCUAAAGUAUCCACGUACCGCAAAGAAAAGAGUGUGAAAGACGACGAAACGGACGAUCAAGCCGCAGUCGACCCCACGCAUACAAACACCAAGUCAAAACCCGAGCAGCCUCAAGAGGACCAAGCACGAGAACUCCCGGACUUCCACUCGGAGCGCCGGUCCCUUAAUGGCGUCACCCCCACGCCAGCUCCUGCCGCCUCCGUCGCUUCGGCGCUCCGUCGUCGAGGUCUCUCCAUUGAACAGACCGCCACGUCGCUCUACCGCCGCAUGAGCGUGCGCCAGAGCUCGGCGCCUGAGCCAGCAGCAGACGGGACCGAGAGCUCGAGCAGCUCGUUGUCGCCGCAGUCCGAGCCCGAGGUCAAGAUCCGGCGUGGCAUGUGCGUUGCCACGACCUUUGGCACGGGCACGGUCCUGGACGUGCGGCUGGACGACAGCUGCUACGUCGUGCAGGUCGUGCCCCAGAGCAUCGCGUACUUGCAGGAGGACGCGAUUGUGCGCGAGAUUAAGAGCGUCGUGGGCGAGCGCGUCAAGACGCGGUGGGGCAUGGCCACGGUCGAGCAGUACUAUGUGGACGAGGACAUGUACAGCAUUGCGCUGGACUGGCGCUGGGACGACGAGCACGUGUGGCGCAUGAAGGCCACGACCAAGAAGUUUGAGAAGAUUUAUCCAAAAGGGACGUUGAUGCAGAACACGAAGAACCGGCUGUUUGAAGGGUACAGUUCGCUACGGGAGAGCGUCGUGGGCUCGAAGCUGUUGACGACUACAAAGAGCUUUGCAGCGACCAUGAAGUCUGACGCAUUGGAGCAAGCGGACGGUCUGGGCCAGGCGCGCACGCCGUUUGGUGUGUGCACGGUGCUGGCAGUCCGACCGGACAAGUUUUUUGUAGUUGAGACUCCUUGUGGAGCUACUGCGUACCUAGGUCCGGACUCAGUGCGCAUGCUUGGUCGGCGAACACAUUUUGCCAACGGCGAUCGUGUCGACACGCCAUUUGGACCAGGUCUCGUGGCCCACUUUCGUGAAGACGACGAUACGUAUGCAGUGGAGCUGGAAGCGUCGUUGCCUGCUGGACAAUCGCCGUUGCUGUUCAUGAGCGACGAGCAGGCUCAAACAGAUUUGACGCCCGCGCCUGCAGCUGCGAAUACGCGCUUGUCGUCGAUUUUGAACCUCACGCGUACGUCGAUGAUGAACGCUGGGGAAAGGAUGCGCAGUGCUUCUGUUGCUGGCAACCUCCCCACCCUUCCAGCUAAUUUGCCGGUGCUAUCGGGUAACCUUCCCACGCUUUCUAGUGUCAAGGCCAAGGUGUCUACCAUGACAACGCUCAAGAUGUCUCCAAAGAAUAAGUAUCACAAGGAUGAGCGUGUGCUGACCACAUUUGGGUCUGGUUUUGUGGUGGAAGCCCGUUCACAAGACAAGGUUUACCGUGUGCAUUUGCGCCGGCUGAAGAUCUCGGGAUACUUUCACGAGUCUCGUCUUUCGCCGUUCCCAUACGAGCGCGUUACGCAUUUUGUCGUAGACGGUCGGUCUGUGUUGGCGCCACCCAUUCCUAAGAAUGCCAGCAGCUACAAACGUCGCGCGGUGAUCAGUGCGGCAAUCAAGUCGGCUCGGGAAGGCACGUACGUCGACCCGUCCGUGGCUCCAAAGGUUACCGAAGUGACCUCGAAAACGCCGGUGGAUGCUAUGGUGGCCGCCGAUGCCGUUGUUGCCAUCAAUACUGCUGCUGCCAUCGAUGCGUCUGUUUCCAUGCCGGUGCCAGUAGCAGAGUGA